GUCCUGAAGAAGACGCUGGUGCGCCAACUCUGUGGAAUAGCUCUUUUUUAUCCGCGUUCUGAGUCUCAUUGAUAUUGGUUGUGAUGAAGUGUGAUAUAUGAAUUCCUCUAGGCGGCCUCUGGUGUGGUUAAGAGGGCGGUGUCCGCUGUGGAAAGAAAGUGAGGCUGAGCAGCACUGCCGGCCGGGAUGAACGGCAGCGGGAGCCACAUCCGCCUGCGGGUAACGUGCGUGUGCCUGGCGCUGGCGCUGCUGGCGUACGUGGGGCUGACACAAUGGGUCAUUGGGCACGCGCUCCUCCGGGAACACGCGAGUGGCAGCGCGGGGUCCCUUCCGCUGGCGGCCAAACCCCACUCUGACGACCUCCCGGACCACGUAAACGCCCGAAUGCUAUUCUUCAACCGCGUGCCCAAGUCGGGGAGCGAGAUGUUGGUCCUUCUCCUCCAGUGGCUGCAAGGACAGAAUACCUUCCGACACAUCCGGCUUCGGAACAGCGUUAGGCGCUUCCUCAGCCGAGACGAGCAGCUGGAACUCGCGGCGGAGGUCGGCGAAAAGAUCUUCGAGAGCGCGGAGCCGAGGCUGAGCUUCGAUCGGCAUGUUUAUUUCACCAACUUCUCGACUCUGGGACUCAAGAUGCCCGUCUACCUGAACCUCAUUAGGGAUCCUGUGGAGAAGGCCGCCUCCAGGUUUUACUACAGCCGCGUGACGCCCCGCCCCGGUGCCAUGACCCCGGCGGGCUACCACCUACCCCCGCCCCCCCGCUAUUCCGCCCUCGAGGAGUGUGUCGCCGCCCACGACCCCGAGUGCACCUUCGUGAGUGGGCAGCAGUAUGACCUCUCUAUACCUUAUUUCUGUGGACAUGAGAAUUAUUGCAGGGAACUCAAUAACAUAGCGGCCCUGAACACAGCCAAGAGCCACGUCGAGCGAUGGUAUCCUGUAGUAGGCAUCCUGGAGGACCUCAACGCUACCCUGGCCGUCCUGCAGGAUCGACUCCCCGGAUAUUUCGAGGGCGUCCUGGAUCUCUAUUACAAUCAGCUGCUUGCGCCGCACCGCAAUCGCAACCAACACCGACCCGGCGUCAGCGAGGACGUCGACCAGGCGUUGCGGAAGAAUCUUACGACAGAGUACGACUUCUAUGACUUCAUCCGACAACGACUCACCCUUCAGUACCAAGCCCUGAAAGGACGUGGAGGACAUUUGCCCUGUUACUGCAUGGGAAAAAGGCCAAGCAAGUUCAUUCGUUACAUGAGCAACGCUUCAUUCUUGCCACGACCACUAACAACCUUGCGUCAUUCUUGCCGGCAGAUGAGGGUGCUUAUGGACAGCAUGCCUUACGUGCACUUUGUCAGCAGGUCACUGAAUAUUGUCGCCAGGCCCGAAGGCCCUUAUCGCAAGGGUCCCUUCCCCUCCGCGCCAGCGACGGAAUUGGCGGGAAGGUCCUGA